CCAGGGUCGCCACAAUAUUGUACAGUCAUCGGCCACUUUAUUGGAGGAGUUACACUCUGGAGAGGCCGCACACAGUCACAGGACAGAGAUGACAGCCAACCUGACUUGCAUGUCUUUGGGCUGUGGGAGGAAGCCGGAGAAAACUCACGCAGCCGCGGGGAAAACACGCGUAGGGAGGCCCGGGUUGGCCGGAGCAGAAGCGCGACGGGGCGUGACCACCCGCACAAACCAGCGGCGGCUUCCCUCACGCGCGGCCACCUUUACGCCUGCCACAGGUGAGCUCCUCUCCACCUGUACUCCUAAAGUGCAUUCGGAUGGUUUGACUGAUACAGAAGUAAUUAUGGCCACAAAUAAUGACGGCCAAAGGCUGGAGUCCUGCGGGGUAUCAGGGGAUGAAGGAUCCUCUGUUGAAGUCAAGAUGUUACAGAUCACAGCCAAAUGUGGACCCUUCACUGCUGUGCAGCCAGCACCCACUGCUGCAGCUGUCUCAAAGGUCGACUCCAUCUGUGCUCCAAUUAAAGUCGCCCCCGUUGGCCAGGCCCACCAGCCUCCUUCCUCUACAGUGGCAGGCCCAGGGCCUCAGUCCUCCUCUCCCUCUGUCAUGGUGAUAGCAAAGGUGGCCACACCAGGAGCAGCAAGUGCUAAUGGCCAACUACAGGUAACAAAACCAGCUCUGACCCAGGUGGCUCCCAUGAACCAGGCCACAACCUCAGGAAGGACAGUGGUGAUAACUGUACCCAGGACACUAGCUCCACCGGCAGUCACUGUGGCUCCUCAUCUGCCACAGACCACUUCCCCACAGCUCCCAGCCAAUAUCCAGAUACCAGCAGGUAUGAUGCUGAUCCGCAGUGACAGUGGACAGCUGAUACUUGUAUCCCAGCAGGCCUUUGCACAGGCUCACCAGGGGCCAAGAGUUGUGAUUGGCCAGGCGCCCAGAGUUCUUACCCCUCAGGUGUCUGCAUCAGCUGGAAGUAAAAGUAAUGAGAAGGUGACGUUGAUCAGGAUGACAGUCCCUCCCAGUUUCCAGCCUGCACCAAUCCAGAAGACACCUGUGGUUAAGGUGAUUGGUGUAACUCCCAAACCAGCUGUGGUCCAGACCCUAGGUGCUGAGUCUGAGAGGGGGAGCCAGCCGCGCACUCAGGCACUUGUCACAGAAACUAAAAAGGAGCCAUCGGUCACUUUCAGUCAGGAGACCCUGGAGAAUGUGAAAAAGUGCAAGAACUUCCUGGUGACUCUGAUCAAGCUGGCCUCCAGUGACUCCAAGUCUGCCAAUAUGGCUAACAAUGUCAGGGGACUGAUCAGGAGUCUGCUGGAAGGAAAGCUAGAAGCCGAGGAGUUUACAGAACGGCUGUAUCGUGAGCUGAAGUCGACUCCACAGCCAUGCCUGGUGCUUUUUCUCAAGAAAAGUCUCCCUGCAGUGCGUCGCCUUACUGCAGACCCCCAGUUAUUUAUUCAGCAGGCUUCAACUGCCAGCUACACCUCCAGUGCCCCAUCUUCCACCAUUACGCAGUCCAUCAGUGACACAGGACCCAGCCUCAAGACCAGCCAGCAGGUUAUUCACCAGUCUCAGGGUGGAACUCUGAGACCUGGUUUAAGAGCAGUAGGCCAGUCCAGAAGUGACAUAUCUAGGAGCAGCAGACCCACACACACAGUGGUCCAGUCUGGAAAACCCUUCACAGGCGCUUUUUCAAUGAAGCAGGAUCCACCUCUAGUUACCAUAUCUGCAUUCAAGGACAGUUCAGCAUCUUACAAAGAAGAUGAUGACAUUAACGAUGUAGCCUCCAUGGCUGGAGUCAACCUAACAGAGGAAAAUGCACAGAUCUUGACUUCCAUGGUUGGCUCUGUGGUGCAGUCAUGCCAGGAUCAGCCCUUCCUCUCAGUUAACCUGCUGCUCAGCCGAAUCCUUCAUACAGGACAGGCACUGGGAGUAACUGAUGUCGGUCCAGAGGUGGUGGCACUGGUUUCUCAUGCUACUCAGGAGUAUCUCCGUGGACUGCUGGAGAAGCUCACAGUGAUGGCAGAACACCGCAAGGCAGCCCUGAAGGAGGACCUGUGGCACGCCAAAGCAAGUGAUGUACGCUCUCAGCUUCGCUUCCUGGAAGAAGUGGAGAGGCUGAAGAAGAAGAGGAAAGAUGAAGAGGACAAAGAGAGACUGCUCCUUUUGGCCAGAAGUCGCUCAUACAGUGAGGAUCCACAGCAACAGCAGCUCAAGCAAAGAGCCAAAGAGUUACAACAAAUAGAAGAAGCUCAGCUGCAGCAAAGAGAGGCCAACCUCACCGCCCUGGCAGCCAUCGGUCCUCGCAAGAAGAGAUCUCUGGAGCACGCUGAAAGCCAGGUGUCUUUGCUGCCCAGACAGGGUGUUCAGAGGGUGACUCGGGUGAUACUGAGGGAUCUGCUGGCGUGUAUGGCGCAGGACCACUUCUUACGCCACUCUCUCACCCUAUACAAAGCGAUGCUCUGAUUUCCAUGAUUUAUUAAUAAUCACUUUGUGUUUACUGGAUCUAUUUUUGUCAUUGCUCUUUGCACUUUUAGUUCUAUCAAAUAUCUCAGUUAAGUAUCACUUACUUAGUAUGGUGCUCUAUCAGAGAUGGUAAUUAGCUAGUCUCUGACAGUUCUCACAGUUUUGAUCCCGAUUGUGUUAGUUUGAAAACAAUUUUCAGAUGCAGAAAUAAGGAACCAAUGAGUAAGAUUAUAAAGAUAAGAGCAGAAGAUAAGGAGACACUAUGAACAGUGUUGAAAAGUGCACCAAAUGUAGUUGAGUUCUCAUUUGGAUUUAGAGUUUUUCCAUUGUUAUGUUUUGUUUGUUUGAUUAUUAAAAAAAUUACCUCGUCCUGA